AUGUCGUCAGUUGUCGCUAGAGGAAGAAAUUUCGAAUUAGAAUUCGUUGCAAAGUUUGGAGAAAUCGGAAUCGAGUGCGAGUGGACAGGAUACGCUGCCACUAGUUGUAAAAUUUUCUGGGAAUUGAAAGCUCUUCGUGGCCACGGUUCUUUGAUCGAUAUACGAAUCAACGAAUCGAAAGCACUUCGUGGCCGCAGUCACAAAAGACUGCGAACGUUCUUCUUGGUUCUUGACGAUUAUGACGCAUGUACUCAAAAUUCAUCAUUUAAUUUAUCUAGUGGUCCCGGUGAUAAAGGAGUUGACAUCGAAGCAAAAAUCGCUGGGAUCAAAUUCGUGAUCCAAUGUAAAAAUUGGACACGUCAAAUAGGUCGCCCCAUUAUUUACGAACUAGAGGGUGCACUUACCCGACAACCAAGUGGGACUAUUGGUGUCGUGGCAGGACCUUUCAAAAAUAAUUUCACGCCUGGAGCACUAGAGGCAGUUAGAACGUCGGUAUAUGGUAUUAUCCUCACGGAUAAAGCGAAUAUUUGUAAAGAUCUUAUAGACUUCGUCGCUGUUCAACUUAAUAAAAAUGGAUUUAAUUUUUCUUACAAGCGAGGUGAAAUUUUAUUUAUUAAGGUGUUGACGAUACUGGAUAAAUAUUUUUUCUCUAGUAGCCACUUGACAAUGAAAUCACGUCAAAAUGUUCAGGCAUGGGUAGUAAAAAGAGAAUAA